GAAAAACACAUUUUCAUUGGAUCGAGGGGUGAUCAUUUAUUAAGCAUAAUAACGUGAUACACUACGAGUUACGAUAUUUGCGUCGCCUUUCAAUUUCGAUUACCUGACCGGUGGCCACGAAAUCGGAACCCUAGAUCGAAGUCACCGUAGAUUCCGAAAAAAGAUACUCACCGGAAGCAAUGGAUGAUAGCUGUGCAGUGUGUGCGGAGAAUCUGGAAUGGGUUGCGUAUGGUGCGUGCGGUCACAAAGAGGUUUGCUCCACGUGCGUAGCUCGCCUCCGCUUUAUAUGCGACGAUCGGCGGUGCUGUAUCUGCAAGACCGAUAACAGUGUUGUUUUUGUUACCAAGGCUCUUGGCGAUUACACUCAAACUAUUAGUAACUUUUCAACUUUCCCAAAUGAGCCAAAAGAAGGCCGAAUGGGGUCGUUUUGGUAUCAUGAAGAUACCCAAGCUUUCUUUGAUGACUCUGAUCACUACAAAAUGAUAAGGGCCAUGUGUAGGCUGUCAUGUAGUGUGUGUGAUACAAUGGAGCAACCUGCUGAAGCGCCCAGGAGAAGGGGGAAGUUCCGGAACAUUGAGCAGUUGAAGGGCCAUCUGUUUCACCAGCACAGGCUUUUAAUGUGCAGCUUGUGCUUGGAAGGAAGGAAGGUAUUUAUUUGUGAGCAGAAACUGUAUACUAGAGCACAGCUGAAUCAGCAUAUAAACACUGGGGAUUCUGAGGUUGAUGGAACUGAGAGUGAAAGGGGUGGGUUCAUGGGGCAUCCAAUGUGUGAAUUUUGUACAACGCCUUUUUAUGGUGACAAUGAGCUGUAUUUACACAUGUCCACUGAACACUAUACAUGCCAUUUAUGUCAAAGGCAGCAUCCUGGACAAUAUGAGUACUACAAAAACUACAAUGAUCUGGAAAUCCAUUUCCGUGGCAAUCACUUCUUAUGUGAGGAUGAGUCGUGCCUUGUAAAGAAAUUUGUUGUGUUUCUCUCUGAAGCUGAGUUGAAGAGGCACAAUGCCAUAGAGCAUGGAGGUCGCAUGUCCCGUUCGAAAAGAAAUGCUGCUCUUCAGAUACCUACAAGCUUUCGGUAUCGGCGAAGUAAUGAACAAGAUGGUGGUCACCGGGGAAGAGGACGUAUGUUCAGGCGUGAUGCUUCUGAAAGUGAACUAUCCAUGGCCAUUCAGGCCAGUUUGGAGAGUGCUAAUUUAGUAGAAGGUAGAUCUCAAAAUGUCUCAUCAUCCAGCAGGAGGGUAGUGGUCUCCGAUCAUGCUGAAGAAAGCGAUAUUGAUCCACUCAUUCCCUCAUUUGAAUCAUUAGCCACACCAGGCUCUGAGGUGUCAUCAAGAUACCGUGAAGCUGUUUCUGUUCAAAGAAACACCCAGCUCGAAGAAUCUGCUUUUCCACCUUUACCUGUCACUGCUCCGAGUAGUCAACAACAGGCUCAACGUGAGUCUUUACUUAAAAAUACUAUGGCUGCACGUCUCCGCCGACAGAGCAACAAAACUGUGAAUGCCCGCACUGUGGGUUCUGCUCCUGGUGCACCAUCAAGUCACAACACACCAACCGUAACCAACCAUGCCUGGCCUGUAGUCAGUAGUGUGUCUGAACCAGCUGCUUCUAGUUCUAGUGGGCAAAGCAAGCAAACGAGUGAAAGUAGCUCUUCACCAAUGACGAGACAUCAUCAAAAUGCUGCCUGGCCUGCAGUAAGCAACUCUUUUGGGUCAACAUCAACUUCUGUUCAGAAUACGAUCUCUGUUCCAAAGCAGGCUCGUUCUGCCGUGGUUCAUGAAUCUUCUUCUGCCAGUUCAUCAACCUCAUCAAGGAAUUGGGCCAACACCAUUAAAACCAACCAUACCACAUCAGCUCCAGAUCUGGUUACCACAUCAACUCCAGAUCUGGUUGGAAGUGGUGGAUCGUUUGACUCUUCUAAUUUUCCGCCAGUUUCAACUCAGGUGCACAACAAGUUGCCUGUAAGUGCUCAGACGGCCACCGCCGCCAUUGGGGUAGGAGAUAUCCACACUGCAAACAAAUCUUUAGUAGAGAGGAUACGUCUUGCUCUGAACUUUGACCAAGAUAAAUUUGCUGCAUUUAAGGAAAUAUCAGGCGAAUAUCGUCAAGGUUUAAUCGAUGCAGAAACAUAUCUAUCUUAUGUAGAUCAGUUUGGCUUGCUUCAUCUAGUUGUUGAGCUGGCUAGACUUUGUCCUGACGUUCAGAAGCAGAACGAGCUGAUUGAGACACAUAAACUUAACUUUAGACAUGCAGGUCCAGAGCAGAAUGGCAGUCUUCAAAUGAAAGAUACUAAAAAAGGCAAGGGUAAAAAGCCCACAGGUGCUGGAGACAAUAAUACACCGAAGAUCAAUUUAGCAGAUAGCAUCUUAGACACUGUAAAGCAUUUGCAGUCAAGCUAUAAGGCGUCUGAGGAAGGGGUAGAAGUGCUAUUAAAGGAUGGAUAUCGUGCUUCUUCUAAAGGGAAAUCUAAAGAAACAGCAUUAGAGAGAGAGUUUGUGCCACAUCCUGAAGCUUUAAAACUCAAGGACCAAAGUGACUCAUUAGGUGGUGGUGGAUCAAAUCACACUCUAGGGGAUGGACAUAGCAGAAACAAGCAAAAGAAGACAUCAAAGUUUCUUAGGGCUCGUCUAGGUGAUGGGUCUGUCGAAUCACUCUUAAAUCUCAAAAGUUCAAUUUCUGAUCCGGAUCUACAUUCAAAAGGGAUGGCAUCUGAGGAAGAGAGUAAAUCUACUGAAGGUUUACCUGUGCGCGGAGUAUGGCGAAAUGGUGGAGGGCAAAAGCUUUUGGCAUCCAAUCCAAGAGGCACUAGGAAGUGAUUCAGUUAUGACCUGUGUUAUUAUUAACCACGGGUUUGGCUGUAUGGGAAGGGGGUUGCUGCACUACUAUUUUUGGGUGGUAAAAGCGCUGCAUAUAUGGGGUCCUGAGCUAUUUGUCUAUAGACCUGCUGAAUUUACUAGUAUCUAAAUAUGCUUAGGCAAACAUGGUUCUUUUGCGGUUUCUUGUUUUUGUUUUACAUGCUGAUGCAUUCUGAGAAAAGUCUGUGACAGAUAUAAACUGCCAAGGAAGUGAAUACAUUUUUUUGGAGUUGUAUAUGGGGAUACAUUUAAAAAAUCAAUUUUGCUGUUUGAGUUAAAUAUAAAUACCUGUCCGUUUUGCAUCGU